AUGGCUCUGUUUGACUACGAGCGCGUGGCGCGGGCCGUAAAGGAGUGGCCGACGUGGGUGCUGCGGAAGGCCAAGGUCGCGGCGCAGUACGGCUUCGUGCCGCUCGUCAUCACCGUCGUGCUCACCGUCGCCCACCGCCAUUGCAUCGCACGAAUUUUAGGUGAUCGCGGCAAGACGACUCGAGAGCUCGCUUCCAUCAUCACAGCGGCUGCCGCUCUUGUCGGUACUGGUGUGGGCCUGCUUUUAUCGCGUACUCUGCUGAAGCCUAAAAUAGGAAAAUUGACUGUGAAGCACGUAUUCCUGGCGAAAUUCAAGGCGGAUUGGACGGCAGAGCAGAUUCAGGAGCUGAUCGACGGAUAUCAAGCUCUCACGAAGAAGAUUCCGGCCAUGAAAGGAUUCGAGUGGGGCGCGGACGUGAGUGUGGAGGGGCUGCACAAGGGGUACACGCACGUGUUCAUCACCACCUUUGACGACGCCAAGGGGCGUGAUGCGUACGUGGAGGAUCCGGCGCACAAGGAGUACGCGGGGGUGCUCUUCCAGGGGCUGGAGGACGGCAUCGUGCUCGACUAUGUGCCCUCUGUCGCCCUCUCCCGCUUCUACUCCUGA